CGGAAAGUUUUCUUGCAGGAAGCUUUGGCUUGCUGACAUGUCAGCUUCGCAUCCGGCGAUGUGACGUUCGCUCUUUCCGUUUUGUUAUACUGAAGUGCUCGCACUUAUUUCGAUACUGCUUGGCAUUUAGGCUACUAAAAUGACCAAGGGUACGUCCAGCUUUGGUAAACGCCGCAAUAAGACCCAUACGCUAUGCCGUCGGUGCGGUCGGUCGUCUUACCACAUUCAGAAGCAUACUUGCUCACAAUGUGGAUAUCCAUCGGCUAAAAUCCGCUCCUAUAACUGGUCGAUUAAGGCUAAGAGGAGGAAGACUACUGGAACUGGCCGUAUGCGCUACCUGAAGAUUGUGCGCCGAAAGUUCCGUAACGGUUUCCGUGAAGGACAGGUCGCUAAGCCCCGCAAGGCUGCCGCAUAAGCCACUCAGGUUGUUUGCGUUUAGCAGAAACCUUUAUUAAGGUUUGUUAAUAACUGAAAAGCCGAAAUUAAGCUGCUAAGAAUGUCUUGUGAAAUGUGCUGGUUAAAAAGGAGGAAUAAUAUAAAAAAAUCUUACUAAAAGAGA